AUGGCUCCUACUCCCAAGGAAUGCGACUUCCUCGUCAUUGGUAUCGGCAGUGGUGGUCUCGCUGCUGCUAGAAGAGCUAGCGGCCAAUAUGGCAUGAAGACCAUCGCUGUCGAGAACUCCAGACUCGGAGGUACUUGUGUCAACGUCGGAUGUGUGCCCAAGAAGGUUACCUGGAACGCCGCCGCCAUCCAAGAGACCAUCCACGAAGCCAAGGCCUAUGGCUUCUCUAUCCAGGAGACUGCUCCCUUCGACUGGACCACCUUCAAGCACAAGCGUGACGCCUACGUCAAGCGUUUGAAUGGCAUCUACGAGAAGAACCUCAAGAACGACAAGGUCGAGUACCUCAAUGGAACUGCCUCUUUCGUCUCCAAGGACGUCGUCAAGAUCGUGGGCCAGGACGGUCAGGAGCAGCAGGUGCGCGCAAAGAAGAUCCUCGUUGCCGUUGGCGGUCGUCCCAGCAAGAUCGGUGUUGAGGGUGAAGAGCUCGGUAUCAACAGUGAUGGCUUCUUCGACCUCGAGAAGCAGCCCAAGAAGGUCGCCGUCGUCGGCGCCGGUUACAUUGCCGUUGAGAUGGCUGGCAUGUUCCACCACCUCGGCACAGAGACUCACUUGUUCAUUCGCCAUGACAAGUUCCUCCGUACCUUCGAUCCCAUGAUUCAGGACAAGAUUAUGGACGAGUACAAGCGCCAGGGUCUCCACAUUCACACCAACAGCUCUCAGAGCAAGCUCGAGGAUCUGGGCAAUGGCAUGAAGAAGCUGCACUACAAGGACGACCAAGGCGAGAGCACCAUGGACGUUGACUGUGUCCUCUGGGCCAUUGGCCGCACUCCCGAGAUCGAGAAGCUCAAGAUUGAGAAUGCUGGUAUCGAGGUUGACGACAAGAACCACAUCAAGGUCGACAAGUACCAGAACACCAACGUUGACGGCAUUUACGCUCUGGGCGAUGUUUGCAACGCCGGCAUGGAGCUGACCCCUGUUGCCAUCGCCGCUGGCCGUCGUCUUGGUGACCGUCUCUUCGGCGGCAAGAAGGAUGCUCAUCUCGAUUACACCAAUGUCCCCUCGGUUGUCUUCUCUCACCCUACUGUCGGUAGCAUCGGUCUUACCGAGCCCGAGGCUCGCGAGAAGUUCGGCGACACCGUCAAGAUCUACACCUCAAGCUUCACUGCCAUGUACUACGCCAUGAUGGAGCCCGAAGACAAGGGUCCCACCGCCUACAAGCUCAUCUGCGAAGGCCCUAACGAGAGAGUUGUUGGUCUGCACAUCCUUGGCCAAGGCAGUGACGAGAUCCUCCAAGGCUUCGGUGUUGCUAUCAAGAUGGGUGCUACCAAGGCCGACUUUGAUAGCUGUGUUGCCAUUCAUCCUACCUCUGCUGAGGAGCUGGUCACCAUGAAGUAG